CGGCUCUCUGGUGUGAGCUCAUUUUUGAAGCCGGUCUUCUGAGGUUCAGGUGUGUGUCGGGGUUGCUCCGGUUCAGCGGCUGCAGACAUGGCGGCAUCUACAGCGGCCGGGAAACAGCGGAUCCCCAAAGUGGCCAAGGUGAAAAACAAAGCGCCAGCCGAGGUACAGAUAACUGCCGAGCAGCUCUUAAGAGAGGCUAAAGAGAGAGAGCUCGAGCUCCUUCCACCCCCGCCUCAGCAGAAGAUCACAGACGAAGAGGAGCUCAAUGAUUACAAACUGCGGAAGAGGAAGACUUUUGAAGAUAACAUAAGGAAAAACAGGACUGUGAUUAGUAACUGGAUAAAGUAUGCACAAUGGGAAGAAAGUCUAAAGGAAAUUCAAAGGGCUCGAUCCAUAUACGAGCGUGCCUUAGAUGUAGACUAUCGGAAUAUUACACUCUGGCUGAAAUACGCGGAAAUGGAAAUGAAGAACCGCCAGGUCAACCAUGCCCGAAAUAUCUGGGACCGAGCCAUAACAACCCUGCCCCGAGUCAACCAGUUCUGGUACAAGUACACAUACAUGGAGGAGAUGUUGGGCAAUGUUGCCGGUGCCCGUCAGGUGUUUGAGCGCUGGAUGGAAUGGCAGCCUGAGGAGCAGGCCUGGCACUCCUACAUCAACUUCGAGCUGAGAUACAAAGAGGUGGAGCGGGCCCGUACCAUUUAUGAACGCUUUGUGCUCGUGCACCCUGCUGUGAAGAACUGGAUCAAGUACGCCCGAUUCGAGGAGAAGCACGCUUACUUUGCCCAUGCACGGAAAGUCUACGAGAGAGCAGUGGAGUUCUUUGGAGAUGAGCAUAUGGAUGAACACCUGUAUGUGGCCUUUGCCAAAUUUGAGGAAAAUCAGAAAGAAUUUGAAAGGGUACGAGUUAUCUACAAAUAUGCCCUGGACAGAAUUUCAAAACAAGAGGCCCAAGAACUCUUUAAAAACUAUACCAUCUUUGAGAAGAAGUUUGGUGACCGGAGGGGUAUUGAAGACAUCAUCGUGAGCAAACGGAGAUUCCAGUAUGAAGAAGAAGUGAAGGCUAAUCCACACAAUUACGACGCAUGGUUUGAUUACUUGCGCUUGGUGGAAAGUGAUGCCGAAGCUGACACUGUGCGGGAAGUCUACGAGAGGGCCAUUGCCAACGUGCCGCCCAUCCAGGAGAAGAGGCACUGGAAGCGCUACAUCUAUCUCUGGAUCAACUAUGCACUCUACGAAGAGCUGGAAGCCAAGGAUCCUGAGAGGACAAGACAGGUAUAUCAAGCGUCUUUGGAACUGAUUCCUCACAAAAAGUUCACGUUUGCCAAAAUGUGGUUAUAUUAUGCACAGUUUGAAAUACGACAGAAAAAUCUGCCAUUUGCCAGAAGAGCUUUGGGGACUUCCAUAGGCAAAUGUCCAAAGAACAAGUUAUUCAAAGGUUAUAUAGAACUGGAACUACAGCUUCGAGAAUUUGACAGAUGCCGGAAGCUUUAUGAAAAGUUCUUGGAAUUUGGACCUGAGAAUUGUACCUCAUGGAUUAAGUUUGCAGAAUUAGAGACAAUCCUUGGUGAUAUUGAUAGAGCCCGGGCAAUCUAUGAAUUAGCCAUCAGCCAGCCACGCUUAGACAUGCCAGAGGUACUUUGGAAAUCAUAUAUUGAUUUUGAGAUUGAGCAGGAAGAAACGGAAAGAACACGAAACCUUUACCGACAGUUGCUUCAGAGAACACAGCAUGUCAAGGUAUGGAUCAGUUUUGCUCAGUUUGAGUUAUCCUCGGGGAAAGAAGGAAGUGUGACUAAAUGCAGACAGAUUUAUGAAGAGGCUAAUAAAACCAUGAGAAACUGUGAAGAAAAAGAAGAGAGACUCAUGUUGCUGGAAUCCUGGCGAGGUUUUGAAGAUGAAUUUGGAACACUAUCAGACAAGGAAAGAGUAGACAAACUCAUGCCAGAAAAGGUCAAGAAGAGAAGAAAGGUCCAGGCCGACGAUGGGUCUGAUGCCGGGUGGGAAGAAUACUAUGAUUACAUCUUUCCAGAGGAUGCUGCCAACCAGCCUAACCUCAAGCUUCUGGCAAUGGCCAAGCUUUGGAAGAAACAGCAACAAGAAAAAGAAGCUGCCGAACAGGAUCCAGAUAAGGACAUUGAUGAGAGUGAAUCCUCAUCUUUUAAAAUGUUGUAAUUUUUUUUUAUAUAAAUUAAUAGUUUAGAACUUUGACUUCUGAACGUUUUUGUAUAUUUACCCAGUAAGGAGUUGUUUGGCAUCUUUGAUAGCUACCUUUCAAAUUAUUUUUUAAAACACUCUUGGGUUAAAUGUGGAUGGGAAAUUGCAAGUAAAGGAAUUUUUCUAAUAA